AUGGGGAGAGACCCAUGUGACAGCCCCUUAGGUCCACCCAUCCUUCAACAACAAUCACGCAGUUACCAUGACAACCUGCAUGUGUAUGAUGUGCACGACAACCUGACGUGUAUGCAAGUGGAGAAACUUCCCUUCAAUAUCCGAGGUGUUGACCUGGUGGGACAGAACCGGUUUCUUCUCCUGCAAGUGUAUGACCAGAUGAGUCGGUAUACGCCCAAGUACCACUCGGCACUUUUUGAGGGUACGACAUCCUCCCCAGUCACUGUAACUGCUGAUGCUACCAUCAUCAGUGUCAGCAAGAGUGGAAAUCUCCUCCUAUAUAACAGAGACAACACUGUGAUGGUAGCAGACUGGGACAUAACCAGCAGCACGUUCAAGAAUCGCCUCAGCCUGGACAUGGAAGAGAAACCCGGAUAUGUUGUCAUGUCCCCCGACGAGCAGCACGUGAUCACGGUUUCCGUGGAGACGAGACAGCAGCUGUGGAGCACAGCCACUGGGAAGAGACUGGCGGCACUCGCGGAGAGCGACACCAAUAUACAGAGCUUCGAGGAGUAUGCUCCCAGCAACAGAACGUGUCUGAUUACAUCCAGUAACAUGUAUGUGCAUCGAGGGUGGUCCUACCAGACAUCCAGUGUCAUCUUCUGUUACAGCCUGCCAUCUGGCAAUCUCCUGGGAAGUGUGAAGAGUCCCAGCUCUCACUAUGAGGUUGACAUCAUAGCCCUAGAUAAGAACCAACAGUACAUCAUCUAUGGCACAUCUGCCGGUGUUCUCAUCAACGGUGACAAGAACAAAUACGCUACAGUGGCUGAGCUGUUGACACGGACCGUCAAGUCGUCGUGUAGGAGGGUGAACGGGCCGUACUCCGAUCUCAAGCUGUGCGGGGACGAGGAGCUGUUUGUGGUGGCCGCGGUGUGUGGGGAGGCAGACAUCUACAUCCUGUCGGCCGGUCGCCGCGGUAACCUUAAGAACCAGGCUCAGCUCGUGUUCAAUGUGACAGGUCACAGUCAGGGAGUUCUGCAGUUAAUCAUCACGUCCAAUGAGAACAUGUUGUUUUCUGCAGGAGAGGAUAACUCCGUCAAACUGUGGGAUUUCGACAAGAUAAUGGCGGGAAUAAGAAACAAGAGUGCUCAAACUCAGCUUAAUGGGGUUGUCCACCGUAAUAAGGGAACAAAUGAUGUCAUUGACAAAGCUGCAAAGUCCAAGUUAGAAAACUGGGAUGAUAAUUCAGCUGUUGAUGUUGUGGGCAGAACGCUGUCUUUGGUCAUUUCAAGCGACUGUGAAAGUCUGUACCUAGCGACAGACAAGGGCUUUCUGCUCAAGAGGAAACUGAAGGCUCAGACGACGACGAUGAUUGACACCCCAACUAGUGAACCAGCCAAUCAGCUUCUGCUGUCUAAAAAUAACAAGUAUCUCUGUGCAGCGAUCGGUGGAAACGUUCUAGUCUUUGAUACUAGCACUGAUGGUCUGCUGUAUGCCCUGGAAGCGCGAGGUAAAGUCUCGUGUAUGGCGGAGGGAGGAGACGUUCUCGUGGCGGGUCAAGCCGGGAUGGAGGCACAAGGCAGGAUCUGGAACCUGCAGACAGGAGCCAAGAUUCGUGACUUUGAAUUUCUGUAUUCCCUGUACAAGACGGCAGUGAACAGCAUUGGAACUAAGAUCUGCGUAACGAUGUUUGACUACCCAGUGAUGUUAAGCGCCGUUGACUGCGCGGCGGACGAUGGCGCGAUCCUACAGCAGCCCGACACCAUGAUGGCCGCCUGCUCGGCCAUGAUGAUCAGCCCCAAUGACCUUCUGGCUGCGGCCGGGUCAUCGGAUGGCUCCACCAGGGUCAUCUCCACGACAACGGGCAAAUACCUCUUCCGAAUGAACCAGCGGUCAUCGGUCACCACAUCGGCAUUCACGCCGGACAGCCGCUCCCUGCUGACCGCUGGCUACCGGUCAAUCUACAUCUGGGACAUGCAGGAUGGCCAUCUGGAGUGCAAGUUGACCCGACAUGAAGACUUUGUCGUGAACCUCAGAUUCGCUAGAGAUGGUAGAUUGCUGGUCACUUCGGGUCGUGAUAAGAUGAUUGUAGUCUGGAACAUGGAGGAGAGGGUGUCGGUGUGUGUCUUCUUGGCACAUUGUCAUUUGGAUAUCUUGGACGUUGCACACGACUUGUCGUACAUUGCGUAUGGAUCGGAAAUCGUUUCGUUGGUUGGGGUUUUAGAGCCGAACAAAGUCCUGAAGUCUAUGGCUGACGGAAGCUAUGUGAAGACUGUCCCAGAACAGGUCAAGAAAGCCCAAUCUUUGGCACUGAGUUUUUCUGGACAGAGAGUCAAACUGCAGACAACAUCAGCCUGUAGUAUUGUGUAGACAUGUCGAUUAACUCAAAGACAAACAGCACAAUUAAAAUGAAUCUUGGUUCAAACCAUUUAUUGGUUAUGCAAAGCAAAUUCAGGUAACCUAUUUCAUCUUUGCGUAACCUUUCAUGAUCAUAUAAAGGAUGUCCUAAAUAUAUUAUGCGUGAACCAAAAGUGGGUUACGUAAAACUAGACAGGCAUGAGCAAUGUACAUGUAUGAAGUAAAUGAUAAUUCCCACAAAUGUCAUAGACUUGUAAAUAGUCAUACAAUAUAUAUUCUUUGAAAAUGUUUACAUAUUCAUGAAUACCAAAUACUACUGUAGUACUUAAUAUUUAUAAUUUAUAUAUAUAAUCCUAAUAAAUUAUAUUUAUGAAUGAAAAAUCUAUAUUUUAUUACUUUUUGUAUAAAUUACAUUUAUUAUUAAUAUAUUUAUAUUUAUCAACUGAUAACUUAGAAUUUAUAUUUAUUACUUUUGGAUAUACUAAAAUGUUCUAUAUGCAAGAUUCCAAAUUUUGUUCACUAUUUCAUAGAGAAAGUCAGUGUUACAGUUCUCAAAGUGUUACUGUUACAAAGUGCCCCCCCCCCCCCCCUCCGGCCCACUUCCUAUGCCAGUGGAUAUACAGAUUUGCAGACUAUAUUCAACAAAGUGCUCAUAAUGAUCAGGUUGUGGUGGAUCCUGGUUAAAGCCCAGCAUUGCAUGCAUUCUGUAGAAAGUGCUGAAUCACUUGCCUAAAGACUUAUACUACUGUAAUAAAUAUUCAUCCAACCCAGUGCAUGGCUUAUAAAAUGAAUUUGUACCAUGCUGUGAAUCGAAAAGCAUGAUGGUUGAGUAAUAGUAAUAAAACCGGUCUUGGAAGAAUAAUGAUCAUGAAUAUUCAUAAUCUGACUGACUGCUAUUAAGUAUGUACAGGUUCUAUUUAUAUUCAUAUAUAGGCAAUUAAAGGUACACCAUCAUGGUUUCAGCUUACUUUGACCUAUUAUAUAUGGGGUAACUACAAGAUUUUGUGAAAGGGAGGACGGGGGUAGGGCUAGAAUUAUAAAGAAUGUGUCAACCAGAAGAUUGUUACUAAAAUUAAGAGUGGGUGGUGAGGGGAGAAUAUUAGUGGGGUGCAGUUAAGCACCCAAAAGGGGGAUGGGUGGGUCAGUUUCACCCCCUUAAUUCUACCCAUGGAUUUGCCUAAAUCUCUACUAAUAUUUCUGACACAUGAAUGAUUUAUAUGAUAUGAGGUACAUGUGGACUGAUCAAAUGUGAAUAAACCAAACGUUUAAUAAUUAUAAUUCAUCAGAACAAAAUGUAAUGUGGUCUUAUUUACUUAUUUCUAUUUAUUUAAUAUUAAUAUAUAUUAUAACCAUAAAAUAAACGUUUAGCAUGUACCUUAGAGGUCAUAUAAUAGUUUAUGACCAAAAGUAAUUAUAUAUUAGAUAUUGCUAUUUUUAUAUGAUGCAUAAGCUCUUUUUAUAAAAAAAUAUUAAUAAUUUAUUUUACAAACAUAUUUUGUGAACUAUGUUUUGUAUAAUGUAUAUUUUGUAUAUAUAUAGUCAAACCUGUCCAAGCGGCCACAUGUAAUCAGCGG